CUUUAGGGGCUUACACAGGUUAUGGGACUCCCAGCCCACAAGGACCAAGCUUGAAAGGUCUUCCUAGACUCAGAUGUUAAGAUCUUCACGACAUUCUCUGACAAUGAAAUCCUGAUUCUUUCUCAUGGCAUGUUUCCGAGCCAUCUGCCAAGGGACCAUGGGAAGCUUGCCCAGCAGAAGGAGAAGCCUGCAUGUUCCUGGGCUCUCUGCCAGUGACCGGGGAGCUGGGCUUUUACAGGAAGAGCUCUUGACUGCUCCUGUCCCUCCCGAUGAAAGCAAGGCAAUGGCUGUGGCUUUGGACAGUUUCCCAGCUGGGGAAAGGGGGGAGCUGGUGCUGAGACUUGGGGAGCCGCUGACCAUCAUCUCUGACAAUGGAGAAUGGUGGAGAGUUAUGUCAGAAGUCACCAACAAGGAGUACAGUAUUCCCAGCAGCCACGUGGCCAAAAUCUCUCAAGGCUGGCUCUAUGAAGGCCUGAAUCGAGAGAAAGCAGAGGAUCUUCUGCUUCUCCCCAGCAAUCACGGAGGUUCCUUCCUGAUCCGGGAGAGUCAGACCAGGAGAGGUGCUUACUCCCUGUCAGUGAGGCUGAGCCGCCCCACCUCUCGGGAUGUAGUCAGACACUACAGGAUUCAUCGCCUGGAGAAUGGGUGGUUCUACAUCUCUCCCCGCUUGACCUUCCCCACACUCCAGGCCCUGGUGGAUCAUUACACAGAGAUGGCAGAUGAUCUCUGUUCCCUGCUGAAGGAGCCCUGUGCCUUUCAACGAGUGAGCCCGCUUCUUACAAAGAACAUCCCCCCACCAGUGACUGUUCAGAGACCACCUCUCAACUGGAAGGAAGUGGACAGCUCACUCUUGUUCUCAGAGGUGUCCUCCUCGGGCGACACAUGUCCCAUUAGUGUGGGCCUCCGAGAGGCAAUUGGCACCUAUAUCAGCAUGACUGAGGACCCCUCGUUGGACAUCAGUGGCCAGGGAAGACUCAAGAAGGGGAAUUAGGACCAAGGACUCUCCUCUGUUGACUUUGGGGAAGGGCUUUUCUGGGCAGUUUCUUCAAGGGUAUUUCCUCUUCCCAUGUCGCUUCAUAGGUUGGUGGUGCCUCCCAAAAUGGGACCUAGAAUUUGCCCGGUCUUCAUCACUGCAGCCUUCUCUUGGCCUUUGGUUACUAAAGAGGAACAGUACCAAAACCCGAGGCAAAAAGAGUAUAGUCUCUCCCUAGGAGUUGACUCCAAUGCUUUCAUUCAAAAAUUCUCCUUCCAUCUUCUUGUAGGAGUUGGGCCCUCCUGGGUGGAAUCAGUAGCCAGUUCCCCACAGGGUUCCAGACUUGUUAAGCACCAAGAAAGCUGCCCAAGAAUCAAAGUGGACAAGU